AUGACAGACCAACAGGAACCUGAAAUCCACGCAACGGCGGCCAGUCUCUCGCCCGUCUCCCCUUCCCCUGUACAUACCGCCGCUCCCCUCGUCGUUCCCGCGCUGCAAGACACCGUCGAUACCAUCGAGGCCAUGGCCGCUGCAGUCGCCGAUGCACCAGACACUGCCAUCGAAUCCAUGGCCAACCCCACCAACGAAGCCGCCCAGGACGAGUUUGUAGACGACGAUAGCCUUGAUGGCGCCUACGUCGAGGACUCCGAGCCUCAACUACCAAACACAGCUGACAGCGGCAACCAAGACCCCAACGACGACUAUGCAAAAAUGUUUGACUCUCCGGCCGGAUCAGAUCAAGCAGAGGAGGACCGGGAUGCCUCUGUAGAUGUAUCAGCUGCGCCAGCGACUGUCAGCCAACCCCGGUCCAUCCAAGCACAGAAUGACACCGCCAGCUCCCCGGUCUCCGCCUCUGGCAACCAGAUUUCAUCAAGUGCGCCCGUUUUUCCAGCCUCCCAACCUGCUGCCCAGUCACUCGCAGGCCAUGAUACCAAUGUCCCAGCCCUUGAAGCAGUCGAUGCCACCGCGGCUUCUCCUACAGACGCCCAUCCUGAUGCGCAACCAUCCGAGCAAGUCGACACCGGGUCUGCCUUGAACUUCCAAGCCGAUGAACCGCAUGGCAGUGCCAGCCCAUCCGCUAUCCAACCAUCCGCUAUCCAACCCGACGGUCAGCAAGAUACAACUAGCCACAAUGCCAGCCCAACAACCCUAGCUUCCACAUCAUCACUCCCGCCUCGCCCGCCUGUUCUACAACCAACAACCCAUUCGUAUGGCCAAAUAUCUUCACAGGGUCCAGUACAAACACCUCAAACUGCAACUGGAGCCCCCAGAAACCUAAAGGAAUCUGGUGGUACCCUCCCACUAGCCCCCGAGGUGGCUCACGGUAGCUCAGCGCCGAGUGCCCCCCAGACCGCAUCUGCCCACGUCGAUCACGCCCAUGACGAGUAUCAACGUCUCUGGGACCAAUUUAUAGUCGAUGAGAGACAAUAUAUGUCAGAAGCCAAGUGGGAUCGCUUCCCUGAAGGCUCGCGUCUUUUUAUCGGAAACCUAUCCAGCGACAAAGUUUCGAAGAGAGACGUGUUUGAAAUUUUUCACAGAUACGGCAGGCUAGCUCAAAUCUCUCUCAAAUCCGCGUACGGAUUUGUCCAAUACCACACCGUUGAGGAGGGCAAGCGGGCUAUUCAAAAUCUAGAAGGGUUUGAAAUCAAGGGUCGACGUAUUCACCUCGAAGCGUCCAAGCUUCAAGACAAAUCCAAAAAGGAGCGAAAUAAGAGUCCAGAGAGAGGGGGCCGCGGUCGAGAUGCGCCACGCAAAGGCGACAAAUACCACGACAGGGAUGACCGCCGCGGUAGUCGCCAUCACUCGCCACGUCGCCAAGGACACCACGGACGCGACGACUCAUACGGCGGCCGUGAUAAGUUCCAUGACUCCAGCCGCGGCCGCGAUCGCUCGCGAUCUCCAGGCUACGGCAGACACGACAAGGGCAGGUACCGGCAGCGAAGUAACAGUCCGUAUGGCGGGCGCUCGCGACAUCAGGACAAAGAAAUCGACCUACCUAGCAGGUACGGUGCCGACGUCCCUGAUAUUCAAAUCAUUAUCCAGCAAGAAGUCCACCGCGAUUUCCUCGGCUGGGUCGAGCAGGCAUUCAGGGACAAGGGACUGCGAGCGGAGUCCAUGUACUUGAAGCCCCGAUUCCCCAAGGAUAAGGUCAUUCAGCGCCAGGCCGCCGAGGGCGUCCACGCCGUCGUGGAGCUCGACAUGCGCGCGCAGAAUCUCGGCAAGAUUCCCGUGCAGGUGUUUGAUCGUUCUAGCGGUUCCAGUAACGUACGAUUCGACCAAUACGUAGACCUGGACCCCGCGACGGCCGGCGAGGUUGUCCUCCGCGCCAAGGCUUCCGCCGCUGCCGCUACCGCCGCCGUGUACACCCACCAGCCUUAUGGCAGCUACCAGCAGCCGUACCAACCACCCGUCCAACAGCACCCUCCACGCGGCGACCCCUAUGGCGGCGCUGCACAUCCGCCAGCUGCGUAUGCCCAACCCCUCCCUGCUGCUGGCAUCCCCGCCAUGGCCGACGUCGCAAAGCUCGUGGGCCAAGUCGACAACGCCACCCUCCAGCGAGUGCUCUCUGCCAUGGCCGCCACGCCUCCAUCCAAUGCCAUACCGGCGGCGGCCGUACCCCAACCCGGCCACGCGCAAGUCGAUAUCCAGGCCCUCCUCGGCGCCCUCGGUAGCAAUCCUGCUGCGCAAGCCCCUCCAGUGGCACCGGCUGCCGCUCACUACGGCGGCGCGUACGGUAGCGCUCAGGCCGGACCUCCUCAUCACGGUCCUCGGGCACCCAGCGACCCAGUAAACGGCGACUCGGCCGCCGUGCAGAACAUAAUGACCCAGCUCUCUCGGUACAGACAGUAG